CACCGUAGAGAGCCUGCAGAAGUUGUCAGUCCACACCGCGCGUGUCCACGCGAGAUACACCACUCACAGCACGAAAGCACGAACACCCACGUCCCGGCGCCCUACUGGGCUGCGGUGGCGGCAUGCAGCAUCAGCCUCGCGACGUGCAACCAGGCCGCCGACGUGCUUGUGGACUGGUUCGGACCGGAGGAGCUCAAGUCCGUCGUCGGCGGCGAGAGGUGGUGGCAGGUCCGCGGCCUCGACGGAGUCGACGCGGAGUGGAUCACGCAGAAGGAGUUUCUUGACGACGACGAGGAGGUCCGCAACCCGCUCUCACGCAAGUUGACCGAGGACGAGGAAACUACUGUGAGGAUGGAGAAGUUGGAUAGAGUCAUGUUAUACGUACACGGGGGUGAGCACGAUCUCGAAUGCUACCUGGACAAUUCAUCGUACCUUGCGAAGGCGGAUACUUUUGGGGCUCCAUAAAUACACAUAGAUAUCAGCUCAUCCGAUACGCUCGCAAGAUACAUGGGAGGGUAUUCGCUGUGAACUAUCGAAAGGCGCCGCAAUACCCUUGGCCGUGUCCUGUCCAAGAUGUUCUCGCUGCAUAUCUGUACCUUAUUCAACCACCUCCCGAUGCAGUUCACCAGCCUGUUCCGCCUUCGAAGAUUGUUCUCGCAGGGGACUCUGCUGGUGCUGGUCUGUGUGUGACGGUCCUGACUCUGAUACGUGACAUGGGACUUCCCAUGGCGGCUGGAGCUAUUCUUAUAUCCCCUUGGGUGGAUUUGACACACUCUUUCCCCAGCGUUAUGGAAAAUACAGAAACAGACAUCAUUCCUCAACAUGGAUUUCUGGCGAAACCUAGUACCACCUGGCCGGUCGACUCGCUUCCUGGAAAUGACGGACGCGUUGGUCCUUCCAAACACAACGAUCCUCCGGAACCCGGGCAUGCUGACCAACUACGACCGACGAAAGCCCGCCUCGAAGGGAAGGACGAAGACGAAAAAGGCGGAGAAGGCGACCACACUCAGGUGGACCCGGAUAAUUACGAUGUGGAUUACUGGGAACCCCGGCCGCCCAAAGUUCAGAUGAAGGAUCCCAAUGCGGAGAGCCUGGAAUUGCAUUCUCAAAUCCAGCUGUACGCAACUACAGAACAGCUGUCCCAUCCUCUGGUGUCGCCCAUUCUGCAAGGGUCGCUGGGCAAUCUCUGUCCGUUGUACAUCAUCGCCGGGAACAGUGAAGUGCUCCGGGACGAGAUCGUUUAUUUGGCACACCGAGCGGCCUACCCCGACAGAUUUCCGACUCGACGAGGUGCUUUGAGAGAUGCUCAUCGUCAAGAAGUGAAUGCGAAGCUCUACACACAGCCCACCAAGGUCCACCUGCAGAUCUUCGACGGUCAGUAGUCCAGUCUAUGUCGAACGAAACAUCUCAUACGUCUUGUAUGCAGACAUGUGCCACGUGCUGACCGUGUUCACUUUCACCGAAAGUGCCAAACACGCGUAUCGCUCCAUUUCAGCAUUCGUAAAGCACGUCGUGGACCACAGCUCUGAACAGCUUGCGGAACAGCCGUUUCCUGAUCUGAACCGACAAAAUUCGCAUGAUACGUUCGAAACUGCGGUCACCGACGACCAGUCGGAAAAACAAGCUGAAGAGAGCCGCCAAGUUCAUAUGCUUCGCGAACGCGUGGAUGUCCAUGGCAAACCACGGCCAAUGGAAUCGAUGGAUGAUAUGUCGGUUUUGAAGCUUAAGCCGGCAGAGAUUGGGAUCAUCAAGGAGGAGCCCUGUCUGAGAUGGCUGCACGGACAAGAAGAAUGGGACAGGACUUACAAGCGGCAAGCUGAACGGGCCAUUCGGCAACGGCAGCGUUACCGAGAAAAGGCGGAAAAAAUGAUUUCAAACGCUCGAGAGCAGGGGCUCAAGAUCGUCUCGGACGACUCGGGACAAACGACGACGACCUCGUCGUCUACUUCCGAUCAUCGAACGGACGGAGUAAUACAGAUCGAUCGACGAUGGGGCCCAUUGGAUUUGGACGACGAAAAUCCCCCUCCGACAGCUAUUGCCAAGCGCAGAGACACUCCAGAGGCCAUUGCAUUAUUGAAGAAACAUAUUUAUCACACGGCUCCCGCUACCCACCGUGUCAUUCCGAAGCUCAAGUUAUCGGACGCUGUCAAGGCUUCGUUGGACCCUAACGACGACCCCAACAAGCCGCCUAAACAAUCUGUGUCUGAAGCACAAGUCCGAAACAGUCUCGUCCCAGACUCUAUGCACGGUCUGCGCAUAUGGGAUGUACUUGUUGGCUACUUCAUGCGCAAGAGCACUGAGAAAGCGGCCAACGGGAAAAAUGCAAUCAAGAAGGCCAUCAAAUCGUGAAGAUCUUAGAUAUUUAUCCACAUCUCUAGAUUUACUGGACUCGAGGACAUUCCAGUUUUAAUGACCAGUAGCAGUAUGAUGAAUACUGGUAUCAGACAUUAGUGAGCCUGCAGCGAAAAUGCGUUAUGUGAAUCGUGUCA